UUAAUUUAUUAAAAUAGCACCCAGCAUGAAUAACUCAGCGUGUGGCUGGAAAGCGCCCAUGAAGCAUUACCAAGCGGAGCUAGCUAGAAAUCCUCCAAGGAAUUAUAAGCCGAGGCGAAAGAAUGAUUGUAGGGAGCGUUCUAAGGGCAGCAACUUGAGAACGGAAGAAGUUAGCAUCUUUUCUUUAAUUGAUGCUUUACCUCCAAAUGCUCAAUCAACAGCAUCAGUAGCAAAUUCGAAAACUAAAGCUUUAAUCAAAGAAACACUCUGAAAAUUGAUGCAUCAGAACAAGAACAAAGUUCUUAAGGCAAAAAUGACUAGAAAGGGGGCAAACUCCCUUGCUGAUCUUGCGAACAAGAACAUCCGAAGACAUCGAGUUGGCAAGAAGAAGCCUAAAUAUAAGCCAACAGUUAUACAUUUCAGUUCUAAAGAGAUUCCUCAAGAGGAUGGUGGCCGUAGGAAAGCCAUCAAAGGUGCCCUUAUACCACUUUCCAACACGUCAGAGGUAAAGAAAAGAGCUAGGCCAAUGAGCACGAAUAAGGUUAAGAGGAUAAUUUUCAGUCAGAACCCAAAGAGCUCUAAGGUGACUGGUUCUCCUGGUAAAUUUGAGAUAGACCCUAUGAGUAUCGACCUGUCCUCCAAGAGUUGCUGUGGAAAGCUCCAAAAGACCUUCGUUAAUGAACCGAAUGUGCUAUCCGACAGUGAAGGUCAGACGAAAUUUCAGAAUAAUCCAAUUAAAAAUUGGACAAUUCUGGUAGGCAAAGCAACUCAGAAUUUUUCAGGUCCAUCGAAGGCAGAGCUUGCUCUGUUCCAAUUCAGAAGGACUAAGAUGAUGAUCAUGAGAUUGGUCGAGAAGAUUAGCAAACUUUUUCUGAACUAUAAAGAGAAACAGAGGCAAAAGCAGUUAAAUACAAAGAAUAUUAUUUCUAAUCGGACUAAAUCGAAUGAAAUCCAAUCUGGUCUCGAAACUUUCAGUGAAAGCAGUUCUGACCUAAGCUGUGAUCUUAGCAGAGGUGAAUCUGACAAUGAAGAAGACAAAGAAUCUGAAGACAUCACCACUUCAAGGCUCGAAGAGAACCAGAGAAGGAUUAUACUUAAGAGCACCAAGAAGGUUAUCGCCAAGUUGGAGAUCAUCCCGGAAGCCAGCGUCAGACUCGAAGAGACUCUUCUGAAGAAAAAUCCUAGGGGUAGAGCUAAUUCCAGUAAAAUUGCAAAAUAGAUUCUUCCCAGAAUUCUAAGAGUACACAGAGACUGAAAGACCUAAGAAUCGAGGGUGAAUUGUAGUACUAGCAAGCUAUAAAAGCCUUCGAUUGGGCAGAUUUAAUAAUUCAUUAAAUUUAAUUCAUUUCAAUUCAAUCCACCAUUCAC